UCCGGUAGGAUGGGACCAGCAGCCAGAUAUCCGUGCACGCCUGACCGCUAAAGUCUACUUCCUGGAUGGAAGAAUGGGACGCUUCCAGCUCCACUUUUCUUCGCAUUGUGCAUCGCCCCUCGUCACGCUGACGCCGCGGAUAAUCACUUCACAAUGACCACGUGUAAUCAAUAAUAGUCGACCACUUUUUUCCCCCUCUCUGUCCCUCUGUUAGUUAAAGACAGCGAUUGAUCGCCGAUUGACCCCUCCACACUUCGGGAAUGUCGCUAUCUGGAAGCCCGCUACAGGCACGGUGGAGUCCCGCAGAUUUUCAACUGUUUUUGCACAGCUCUGGCGUGCGUAACGUUUUAUUCCUCGAAGCUAAAAACAGCUCCUGCUCGGACUGGAGGCGAAUAAAUGUGUCUUUUUAAACAGCAGUGACUCUGUCGCCCUAAAAACCGCUAACCACCAGUACUUUGAUGCUCUGCCUUCGUGGCUGCUGUGCCAACUUCGCUUUCAGCUUCGGUCGUGUGUAUGUGAUUUUUUUGUUUGUUUGUUUUUAAAAGAAGAGCGAAAAAGACUCAAAAACUUUGUCACCCGUUGCCUUCUGGUUACUCUCGAUGAGUAGUCUAACAUGCGGAGAAUACGGGAACCGAGUUACUGGUGGAUUUUAUCCUUAAUGUUUUUAACCUUGCCCAAACACAAAGACUGUCACCCUGUUGCAUCGGGUGGACAACCUCAGCAUGCUGGAGACGGGCACCAUGGGAGCAAAGGCGUAAUGAGGGAGAGGAGGGCAGCUGGUGACCCCUAUUGGUCCUAUUCAGGAAGCCAUGGACCUCGAGGCUGGGCAACCUCAUACCCAGAAUGUGCUGCGAAGAACCAAUCACCUGUGGACAUUGCAGAUGAACAAGCUUUGGUUUCGGAGGAGUACCAGGAGCUGGUGCUGGAGAAGUUCAACACUGAGUCCUCCAACCAGACCACAAUGAAAAACACAGGAAAGACAGUUGCUGUUCUCCUGAAAGAUGACUACUUUGUAAGCGGUGCUGGGCUGCCGGGGCGUUUUAAGGCUGAGAAGAUGGAGUUUCACUGGGGCCAGAGUAAUGCAUCAGCAGGCUCAGAACACAGCAUAAAUGGCAGAAGGUUCCCCGUAGAGAUGCAGAUCUACCUUUACAAUUCAGAUGACUUUGACAGCCUCAAUGCUGCGAUCAAGGAAAGACGCAUCAUUGCUGCCAUGGCCGUCUUCUUUGAGCUGGGCCAAAAAGACAAUCCUGCUGUGGACGCCAUCAUCCAGGGAUUGAAAGGCGUAGUGCAUCAUGAAAAGGAGACCAACCUCAGGUCAUUCAUCCUGAGGGAUCUGCUGCCAUCGUCAGUGGACAGUUAUUACCGAUACACCGGCUCUCUGACCACGCCACCCUGCAGUAAGGUCGUGGAGUGGAUCAUCUUCUCCAGACCUGUGUAUCUGUCCCACUCACAGCUCGAGGCCUUUUACUCCAUCUUUACAACAGAGCAACAGGACCAUGUCAAGUCUGUUGACUACCUGAGGAACAACUUCCGGCCCCUGCAGGACCUAGAAAAUAGAAAAGUGUUUAAGUCUGCUAUAAAAGACGCAUGGCAGAAAGAUUUGACUGAAUCUGUGGGAAGCCCUCAUAGCACUGAGGCUUCAAGAGUGUGCAGCAGUGCCCCAGUGAGCAUGAAGAUCCAGCCGCUGAACCAGACAGCAUUGAUGGUGAGCUGGGAACGCCCCCUGACCGUCUACCACCCACCCAUCACCAGUUACAUGGUCUCCUAUAGUUGGGUGAAACGAGAUGUUGCUGAUGAAAAGACCUUCACCAAGACUGGGGACCAGAGCAUGAAAGCAGUCAUCACCAAUGUGUCGCCUGACGCCCUGUACCUGUUCAGAGUGCAAGCUGUGUGUCAGCAUGACCUGCGCAGUGAUUUCAGUCAAACGCUGCUGUUCAGAGCAAAUACAACAAGGAUAUUUGAAGGGUCUCGCAUUGUGAAGACGGGGAUGCCCACAAUUUCUCCAGCGUCUUCCGCGGACAUGGCUCCCAUCAGCUCUGGUUCCUCCACUUGGACGUCCUCUGGCAUCCACUUCUCCAUUGUCUCCAUGGCAACCGGCAUGGGCCCCUCCUCCAGUGGCAGCCAAGCCACAGUGGCGUCAGUGGUGACGAGCACCUUGCUAGCAGGCUUGGGCGUAGGCGGAGGGGUCAUCUCUUCUUUGCCAAGUUCUGUUUGGCCCACACAGGGGCCCCAAGCCACGCAGAACCCCACCCGUCCAUCCGCUUCGCCUGCAAAGUCCAGCACUGAGCAGGCAGCGCCCCAGGGCGCCGACGCAGACACCCAGUCUGAGGAGAAACAGGCUGAGAGUGAGGGCGAGGAAGAGGAAAAGGAGGGGGAGAGAGAAGGAGAGCAGGAAGAGGGACAGGAUGACAAGAAGACAAAGAACAAGACUGCACCUGAUAAUGAGGAAAAGCAAGGGAACAACACUGUGGCCAAAGAGCCUUUAAUCCCCACCCCCGCAUCCACAGCCAAAGUGAAAGGAGAAAGAAAGCCUACAGUCAAAGGCACCACAGUACCUGCAAGCACUGGCGAUGACCAGUUGGUCAACGUAGAGAAGAAGCCCACAGAUGUAAACGCAGUCUCCACUCGUAAUGAGACACAGAUUCCCGAGAGCUCCACACUGUCUCCAAAGAUCAGUAGUCUCUGGCCUUUCUCGGUCCAAACUGAGAGGACCAUCUUGUCCAACGUGACCCGAUCCCCUCACCCAGGGAUGGGGAGGAUGGUGUGGAUCGUUCCCUUAGUGGUGGUGUCUGCUCUCACCCUGCUCUGCCUCAUAAUGCUGCUGAUUGUGAUGGUCUACUGGAGAAUGACAAACAUCUGCUCCCUCCUCUGCAUCAAAUACAGGAGAUUUUUCCAGACAGCUCACUUCUAUGUGGAGGAGAGCAGCUCUCCACGAGUGGUGGCCAAUGAGAAUAUACCAGUCAUCCCUAUACCAGAUGACAUGGAGGCCAUCCCCGUUAAGCACUUUAUUAAACACAUCAUGGAGCUCUACAAGAACAACCUGCAAGGUUUCUCUGAGGAAUUUGAGGAGGUCCAACGCUCCACAGCAGACCUGAAAAUCACAGCAGAACAUUCCAAUCAUCCUGACAACAAGCACAAAAACAGAUACAUCAAUAUUGUGGCCUAUGACCACAGCAGGGUGAAAUUACGAGCUCUGGCAGGGAAAGAUGCCAAACAUUCGGAUUACAUCAAUGCUAACUAUGUGGAUGGCUACAACCGGCCCAGAGCUUAUAUAGCUGCUCAGGGUCCUCUCAAGUCUACAUUUGAGGACUUUUGGAGGAUGGUUUGGGAGCAGAAUACUGGAAUCAUCAUCAUGAUUACCAAUCUGGUGGAGAAAGGCAGACGAAAAUGUGACCAGUACUGGCCGACAGAGAACAGCGAGCAGUAUGGAAACAUUGUGGUGACACUGAAAAGCACCAAAGUGCACGCCUGCUACACACUGCGGCGUUUCCUUAUAAGAAACACUAAAGUUAAAAAGGGCCAGAAGGGGAACCCAAAAGGGAAGCUAAAUGAGCGCAUUGUGGUCCAGUAUCACUACACUCAGUGGCCUGACAUGGGAGUACCAGAGUACACCCUCCCUGUCCUCACCUUCAUCAACCGCUCAUCAGCAGCUCGUACUGCAGACAUGGGCCCCGUCCUGGUGCACUGCAGUGCAGGGGUUGGGCGCACAGGAACAUACAUUGUCAUUGACAGCAUGCUACAGCAGAUCAAGGACAAAAGCACAGUCAGCGUCCUGGAUUUUCUCAAACAUAUCCGCACACAACGCAACUACCUAGUUCAGACUGAGGAGCAGUAUGUUUUCAUCCACGAUGCUCUGAUGGAGGACAUCCUGAGCACAGAGACAGAGGUGCCUGCCUGGCAGCUGCACAGCUAUGUCAACAGCAUCCUCACGCCCAACUCGACAGGCCGCACACAGCUGGAGAAGCAGUUCAGGCUUCUGACUCAGUGCAACUCACGCUUUGUGGAGUGCUUCAGUGCCCACAAAGACAGCAACAAGGAGAAGAACCGCAAUUCCUCAGUGGUUCCCUCGGAGCGAGCAAGGGUCGGACUCACCACUCUGCCUGGAAUGAAAGGAACAGAUUACAUUAAUGCAUCCUACAUAAUGGGUUACUUCAGGAGUAAUGAAUUCAUCAUUACCCAGCAUCCUUUACCCCACACCACUACAGAUUUCUGGAGGAUGAUUUGGGACCAUAAUGCUCAAAUUAUCGUCAUGCUGCCUGACAACCAGGGCCUGGCUGAGGAUGAAUUUGUUUACUGGCCGAGUCGAGAAGAGGCCAUGAACUGCAUUGCCUUCACUGUCACACUCAUCAGUAAGGACAGACUGUGCCUCUCCAAUGAGGAGCAGAUCAUCAUCCACGACUUCAUCCUUGAGGCCACACAGGAUGACUACGUUCUAGAGGUGAGACAUUUUCAGUGCCCUAAAUGGCCCAACCCCGAUGCCCCUCUCAGCAGCACCUUCGAGCUCAUCAGUGUCAUCAAAGAGGAGGCCAUGACUCGAGAUGGCCCCACCAUCGUGCACGAUGAGUAUGGCGCAGUGUCAGCAGGCAUGUUCUGUGCUCUCACCACACUAUCCCAGCAGCUGGAGAAUGAAGGUGUCGUCGACAUCUACCAGGUGGCUAAGAUGAUCAAUCUCAUGAGGCCGGGAGUCUUCACUGAUAUAGAGCAGUACCAGUACCUUUACAAAGCCAUGCUCAGCCUGGUCAGUAACAGCGAGUGCGGCCUGAGCCCCAUGCACAUGGACACUAACGGGGUGGUGGUGAUUGCAGACGAGUCGGACCCCGCUGAGAGCAUGGAGUCGCUCGUCUGAGGACAUUCCUACAGGCACUUAAUUUGUAAAAAAAAAAAAAAACUCAAAAACUUUUCUGAGGCCUUUUUGCCAGACUAUUGAUUAAAUGAAUAACCUUAUUACUUUUUAUACUGAUAAAAGUUUUUUGAUAUUUAUGUUUUUGUCCUUUAUUUCUUGUCUUAAAUGUUAUCCUGCUGAGCGUUUGCACCUGUUUAAGUUGACGUGAGGAAAAAGCAGCUCUGUCCAGUUUGCACUAUACUAUCAGUGUUACUGCCUAAAUCCAGUGAGUGAAACAGUUUCACAGUGAAAUCCUGACAUCACCACACAACUGGGGAUCUUUGGACCGCAUUGAGACGCAACCUGAAGCAUGAAGACCAGGAUGAGUUACGGCGAUCCACCUCCAAUAAUGUCUCAAAAACAAAACAUCACAUCACAACGUAGCCCAGCAUGCAUUAUGUCACUUUGUCAUCUCGAUCAAACUAACUGUUUUUAGGCUCCACUCCACAUGGGUGAAGCUCUUUAUCACACGUUAAGAGACUAUUACCUGCCUAAUAUUCAUAUAUUGUUCAAAUAUCUCACUGCUGUCUUGUAUAAUGUACUUAUGGCUUAUUUUUAAGUGUGAUUCAACAUCUAAUGUGAACAUUUAUUGCUUUUUACAGGGAUUUAUAUUGUUAUAUUGUUUUGUAACAUAUAUAUAUAUAUAUAUAUAUUAUAUCCUUAAUAGCCAGCCAAUGCUUUCUUUUUUUUUUGUAAUUUUGCCUACUUGUCCACUUGCCUUGAUGUAGAUCCAUAUUUGUUUUGAGAUUCUGCAGCUUGCCAUGAAUUAUCUACAAAGCUCAAUUUUUUUUUUUUUCUGCCUUUUUUCCAGCUUUUUUAA